AUGAACAACUACCCCCUUCUAAUUAACCUCAUCAUAACCUUAUCCUACGCCCUCCCAAUUCUAAUUGCAGUAGCCUUCCUAACAUUAGUAGAACGCAAAAUCCUAAGCUAUAUGCAAAGCCGAAAAGGCCCAAACAUCGUCGGCCCCUAUGGACUUUUACAACCCCUGGCAGAUGGUAUUAAACUAUUCAUUAAAGAACCCAUCCGACCAUCAACAUCUUCCCCAAUCCUAUUUAUCACAACACCCAUACUAGCCCUUCUCCUAGCUGUCUCAAUCUGAAUACCACUCCCCCUACCAUUCUCCCUAGCCGACCUAAACCUAGGCGUACUAUUUCUAUUAGCCAUGUCAAGCCUAGCAGUCUACUCCAUCUUAUGAUCAGGAUGAGCCUCAAACUCAAAAUACGCCCUAAUCGGGGCAUUACGAGCAGUAGCUCAAACAAUCUCCUAUGAAGUCACCCUAGCAAUUAUCCUACUAUCCGUUAUCCUCCUUAGCGGAAACUACACCUUAAGCACCCUAGCAAUUACCCAAGAACCCCUCUACCUCAUUUUCCCAUGUUGACCCCUAGCCAUAAUAUGAUACGUAUCUACACUAGCCGAAACGAACCGAGCUCCAUUCGACCUAACAGAGGGAGAAUCCGAACUAGUCUCCGGUUUCAACGUAGAGUACGCAGCAGGUCCAUUCGCCCUAUUCUUCCUAGCUGAAUACGCCAACAUUAUACUAAUAAACGCACUAACCACUAUCCUAUUCUUCAACCCAAGCUUUCUUAACCCACAACAAGAGCUAUUCCCAGUAAUCCUGGCAACAAAAGUACUUCUUCUAUCAGCAGGAUUCCUAUGAUCCGCGCCUCAUACCCACGAUUCGAUAUGACCAACUAAUACACUACUAUGAAAAACUUUCUCCCACUUACACUCGCCCUAUGUCUGUGACACAUCAGCAUACCAAUCUUGCUAUGCGGGCCUGCCCCCAUACCUAAGA